AUGAGCGGAGAUGAGCACCAACCGCCGCCGCCGAAAGUAUCCGCGUCGGAUUUAGAUUGCUUCACGCGAGUUUGCAACGCGUCGGUUGCGAUGUUUGGGAUCGGGUCCAUCAUAGGGGCGGUGAAAGCGACGUGGGCGGAAGCGCCUUUGACGAUUCAAAGAGGCCAAACGCUCGCGGCGGUCAGGAAUACCGGGUCGUACAUGGCGAAUUCCGGCGGAGUGUUUGCCGCGGUAGGGGCCAUGUACACCGGGACGUCGUGUUUGUCUAAAAGCAUUCGAGGUAAAGAUGACUUUUGGAACGGCGUCUACGGCGGGCUGGCGGCCGGGACGGUUAUGGGGUUGAAGGCGAAAAAGGUUGGCGUCGCGGUAGGUGCCGGGGUGGCAUUUGCCGCGGCGAGCGCGAGCGUCGACGGGACCGGGGAGAAAGUUCGAGGCGACGGGUUGUUUGACGACAACGCGACGCCGGGGAGGGUUUAUUUUCCGUACGACGAGAUUAAGAAGUAA